AUGCAACUACGCCGACGACUGUUCUCUAAGCUUUGGAGGUUAAUUGUGUGGAUUAAGAGUCCGCUUUGGUUGUCAACGGCGGCUUGCUCUCUACCCCCUUCCUCGUCGUUCCCCCCGAUGCACAGCUUAUUCUCCCGUUCUCGUACAACAUCAACACCUACGAAGACCGCAUAUCAAGACAGCAGUAACCUUGGGGCCUUCGACGAGUUUGGCCGGACCACAAGUCGAGGCUACACCCCGUCGAAGAAGGACAAAAAGAAGGACAGGUCAAAGACACUUCCGGACGCUGAGCAGGCUUCAGCGGAACCCGCCCCCUUCCCAGAUGGCGCUUUCCUCCCCCUCAACCUUGAGCGGCCUCGGAAUGUCGAUGUGUCACCAGCGACACCCACGGCGCCGCAUCCCCCGGAGCCUGCGAAGGAACCCGACUACGGCUACCUCUCCUACGAGCGGCACGUCGUUCUGGGGCUGGAUCAGCUUGAGCGGCUCGUCGGCGUCAUAGCGGAGGAGCUCGAGACCCGCGGUGGAGUGACGACGCCAUUCAUCUUCUCGACGACGGCGCUUGACAUUUCGUCGUCUGCUAUACGCCGUGUCAUUCGCAGCUUCUUGAACACAUGUGCGUCGGAGGCUAGGGGCGGGGCCGGAGCUCAGGAAGCCGAAAGGAAGUGGCGGGAGGAGGCGAGGUUCGCGGGUCCCCAUGAGCUCGGUAUGUGCCUUCGCUGGGGCCUUGCGAGGGUCAUUAGGAGCAUCGGUGGACAGGAUGUCAGAGGGCUCGUCAGUUGGGAGCAUUAUGCCGAAUUUCGAGAAUCUGAAGCUGCCAACGGAUACCCUUCGACACACUUCGCCACAUCUUUCUUACCGCCCCUCGAUCCGACUUUGCAAGCCAUUAUCGUCCGCCUUCUUUCUCUUCUCACUCGCCUCGUCGCCAACAGUACAUUAUCUGGGCACACACCGCCUACCCUUUCACCUCUUUUCGGGCCGCUUUUCUUUGGGCUCGGUCCCGCCACGCUGGCUUUUCACCAUGCAUACAUUCACUACCUGCGAGCAGUUACCGCCAUGGAGCACAUUAUUCUUUCGUUUGUGCGGUGGCAGGAUACCCCGCGAGCGGUGUCAGGAAGCGGAGCAUCGAUGGGUGUGCCGGUGCGCCUGAAAGAAUGGAUCAAAGGCUACCCAUCGAUGCUGCCGUUCCUAGACCACAAGAACAAGAAACCGCAGCCACGCAGGGGGGCGAGGACUCUCAGGGUUGUGAGUGUACGCCGGAAUGUGCGGAUGUACUCGCCAGAUCUGGUGAAGACGGCAUCAACGUGGGCACACAGGCCUGCUGGCUCGACAGGCAACAACGGCCUAGCGAACUCGAAGGAAUGGGAUCGCAUCGCACCGGCAACGCUCAAGCUAGCACCGCGUUACUCGGAGGCGUACAAGAAGCGCAUGGACCUGCCAGCCAACUUCCAUCCAGACGUUGCCCCUGGUGCUGGUCUGACCGCGUCGCCAUCGCCAUCGGUGCAGUCUACGAUCAGUAGUAACUCGUCGCUCCUUCCUGACUUGGGUCUUGGUGCAAGAGAGGGCGAAGAUCGGUUCAGGAGCUUGACUGAUCUUAAGUGGGGCGAGUUCGAGAGCAUGGGGUUCAACAACCUUGGGGACGAUAAGAAACUGCAAUUCGAUCUGACGGAGAGCGCCAGGACUGAACGUGCGGCCAAACGACAAACUCUAUCCUGGAAUGACUUCUCUAACGCCGGCUUCACACGCAUGGAUGCUCCACUCAGCGCCACGCUCCAGUUCAGCACCCCGUUCACGAACACCAUCUCCUCGUGGCCUGCACAGAACACCGAAAUGACACGGAAGUUGAAGAAGGCACAGAAGAGCCUGCCCGCCUUCGGUUGGGAUACAGAGCCGGUCAUCGGGAGCGAGGAGGUCAUUGAGGAGGCCUUCGUCGAUGUCUUCUGCGAUCUCAUUUACGGGGGUGGAUGGAUGGAUCUGGAGAGGGGAGAGAUGUUGGACAGGGAUUGCAACUGGGCCUUGGUCGAGUACAAGUCCCUCCCACCCAACCGAACGACAGUGUCUGGCUCGGCCGACCCCCGAACAUCAACCACCCUCCUGCUGUUUGAAGAAUUUGUUCCGCUUGAAUACCGCGAGGCCCUCGCCGUGAAGUCGUCCAGCCGCCGCCGCUUGCCAUCGCUCUUCUCGAGUCAGAACAAGAAGCAAUGGAAGCAAGCACCGACGCUCAACGGCCGUCCAUACAUUGUCGGACACGUACCUCACAGCCCAUCCUAUCGAGAAGUCGAGUUCGACACGCUCCUGCAUAAUCACAGCACCACCAAGGUUAUAUCAGCCAAUUCGACCAAGGGCCCAAGUCGCAUCCAGUCGACGAUUUCGGCGGUACCCACGGUUUUUCCGCCUUCGCCCGUUAGCGUGCCACCUGUGCCACAAAUUGUCAAAACGCCCGUACCACCCGCCAAAACGCACGAGGCAGCCCCGAUUCCACCUCCACCGAAGAGCGACGAGGUGCACUCUGACCGGACCGCCUCGCCCUUGAACACCAAGAAAUCACGUUUCAGACUUCCGCCUACGCCUGGUUCGAACCGCAAAUCGAUGGUACCUGCGGAAUAUUCCACAGUCGAGUUCGAGACACGCAUGGCUAGCUACAGCGACGACGAGGCCAACGGGUACAACGAUGAGAGCGAAGAGAUCAAACAGCGGCGACGAGAAUCGAACUCUGACGCAUGGGUCGACAUACUCGUUGGCAGCCAGACCCGUAGGCUGAAGGGCCAGGACGCGGAGAUGCCUUCGGAGAGGAAGCGUGGGUUGCAGAGGAAUCGUGGCUCAGAUCCCGACCUCGCAAGUUUGGAGGUUGCGCAGGUCCUCGCUGCGGUCCAGAAUCGCUCACCGUCGCCGUCUAGCACCGUCGACCGUGUGGACAGAGAUUAUGGGAUGGACCGUCACGUCAGAGAUUCAGAUGUGGAUGAGGUCGAGACGGUCCCGAGGACGAGCGAAGCGCGUAGCAGAGGCGACGAUGAUGACGACGACGCGAUUCUUCCGUACGACGAGUCGGAACAGGGCCACGAUCGACCAGAUCCUUUGGCAGCUUUGAGGGCAGCGAGGGACCAGCGGAGGGUUGGCUAUUUCGCCCAGCACCCUGAACGACGAGCGGCUAUAACACAGUCCAUUGCGGACGAAGACCCACGCUCGAAGCUCGCAAAUGACGACAGCGACGAGGAAGACGAUGAUGAGCGCGUGUAUGGUGCUCCCGAGGUACCCCGUACCAUCCGCUCGCUACCUGUUCCACCCGUUGUCCCGCAAGCCGCCGUUGAAACGCCCGCCCCGGCUUCAACUGCAACAAGCAAGACCGCUGCGCUCAUCGAGAUGUACCGCGCACGCGAGAGUGGAACCCCCACGAAGGCAUCUCCCGCGGCCGCACAAACCCCGCCAAUCCCUAUUGUCAUCGCUCCUCUCCAACCAUCACGCCUUCCUGUGCGCUCGACGUCGCUGCCGGUCGCCAAGGACGUCCUUACUACUCCUGCUGGUCCUGGCCUACCUGCAUCGCCCAAACCAUCUCCGAGGACAUCCCCGACCCCACCACCGCCGGAACCGCUCGCAGCGUCUCCGCUCGACGCCCCGCGUCCCCCAUUCGAGGUCGAGACCGGCCGCAACAGCCCUGCCCGCUAUCAGCACGGAGCGCCAUUGCAUAACGUUAUCGAGGAAGAAGAGGAUUUACCUCCUACGCAAACUCUACACUCUCUCCCGGUCUAG